AUGUUUAGCCUGCAGAACAUUGACACACUGAUAGAGGAACUGAAAGAGGACCUUAACAGCUUGAAGGUGUCACAGAGAAUUCCAGGAAGAAAAACAAUGGUGAAAGAACACGAUUGUGAACCUGGCCCUGAUCACAUAUUUAGCAGUACCUGCCCUGUGAUUCAGAACAUAGAGCCACCAGAUUGUGAAAACAUCCAGACGAUAUCAGCCUACUUCUCUACCGAUGGGUUUGGCCUGACAGUAAACUCUGCUGAGUAUCUUCCUCACGAGGAAGGAAAUUCAGAUGUUACCAAUUAUAAAACUGCCCAGAGAAUAUUGUGUGUCCAUUGGUUGCCAGUUCUGCUCUGUGGCAUCAUCUGGGGCUGGGCAGUAGAUGGAGCCCCCGUAACUGGUGGAAUGACUGUAAAAGAUGGCAGCCUGCUGGAUGACUUUGGCAGGAGCCUGAAACUGUCCAGGAAGCUAUUGCGGGAAACACGGUCAUUGGCACAUGGCUACCGGUUGUGGAAAUUACCUGGAGCACACCUGGACUUCAUAGGGCACUCCCAAAAUGUUCCUUCUGUCAGCAUAAGCUUUGGUUCCUGGCUGAAGAUACUGCCAGGUGAGCGUCUCAGGCUGCUCAAUGGAGCCCUGCAGGUUUUCCCUGUGUAUCUGGAGGAGCUGGAGAAGUGGGUGAUAGAGGACACCAGCAACAGAGCAUCUCACCUCAAGGAAAAAGUCACCAAUGUGCGCUUGCAUCUUCGGGAUCUUCUGCAUCACAUCCAGAAUCAGACUGCCACAUUCUACACCAACACAUUAUGGACUGCCACAUUCUUCACCAACACAUUAUAG